AUGUCAGCUCUUUCCGAUGACGCCAUCCGCAAAGUCUUUGUCGAGUUACAAGCAAAAUACGUAGCCAGCACCCAACAGCUAAACACCGUCAAGGCCCAGAUUCAAGCAAAGCAACGCGAUCGCAAAAUGUCCGAGUUGACGCGACGAGAACUCGAUACGCUUGAACCUGACACAAAGACUUAUAAGCCUGUUGGCAAAAUGUUUAUUCAAACACCAUUAAGUCAAAUGAAGGAGCAUUACGUUGAUCAAAUCAAGAAGGCUGAUGAAUCGAUUGAGCAAUUGGAAAAGUCGCAAAAGUAUUGGGAUCGUGCAGCUACAGAUGCGCAAAGCAAUUUAAGGGAUAUUCUUCAGGGACCUCGUUCCAUGUAA